CAAAGAAGUUCAGACUUACUACGAACUGUCGACCUCUUCAUGGGCAAGCCAGUCGUGGACUGGUUCCAAGAUUCAAUAUGGCCGACCAUGUUGACUUCAACAUCUCUGACGUCCUGCGACAAUACCAGACCGACCCGGCCUCCGUAAACACCCCCGAAGCCCCAUCCGAAUUAAUUGAUUGCGAAAACGACCCGGACUCGUUAACUCCUGCAAUCGUGAACGGAGCUCUCAAUCCAGUAAUAGAUGCUAUUGCCGAGAAUCCUGAAGCAAUAACUCGUGCGGCGAAUUUUGAUACUUUACAAUUUCUACUCAAAAUCGCCUUGCAAAUCCCUCCGACUUCUCUGUCCAAGAUCCUUGACAUAUUAGUAUCUGCUCUGUCUUCGGAGACAGAUGCUGCUCACGCUGAUUUAGAAGCCGACGAAAGUGAUACGGUCCCUCAUCAUAAACAGUUACUUGAAAUAUAUGGAUUCUUGCUGCAAUGGACGCUUUCUGCAGUUGAGACAAAGGCUGCGGAGAAGUCCGCAGCUGCUCCCCCAGCAAAGGGAAAAGGAGGGAAGGGUCCGAAGACCAAAGGCGCCAACAGAGAUGGUAGUUGGGAUUCGACCGCUCAGUUACAAACUGCGUUGGAUGUUAUGAGUAAGGUGCUGAAGUUGAAACUUGCAAAGAUAUUUCACACUACUUCAGAACGUGAUACAUUCGUUGGUCUGUUUACGAGGCCCGUCUACCUCGUCCUCGAGAGUGAAACAAGAAUAAAGAUCAAAGAAACUCGGAUGCAUGCAUUCAGAGUGCUCUGUAUCGCGAUAAAGCAUCAUGGUCAUGGUUUCGGCGCUCAAACAUCGAUCAUCCAGAAUCUAUCGUACUUCGAGCAUCUUUCGGAGCCAAUGGCAGAAUUUUUACAUAUUCUAUAUGAGCAAUACGACUACCCACAACUUGCAGAAGACAUUCUUCGAGAAUUAAGCGGCAAGGAAUUCAAUAGCAAUGAUCUCAAGGGCCCUAAAUCUGUGUCGACGUUCAUUACAAAGAUCUCUGAACUGGCUCCCCGGCUUGUCAUUAAGCAGAUGACCUUGCUUGCAAAGUUCUUAGACAGUGAAUCCUACACACUCCGCUGUGCGAUCAUUGAAGUAUGCGGCAACCUCAUCAUCAUGCUUACAAAACAAGAAGGUUCAGAGCGCAGCGAGCAUACAGAAGGACAAAUCAAUGCAUUCUUCGAUGUCCUCGAGGAACGGUUUCUGGAUGUAAGCCCUUAUUGUAGAUGUCGUGCCAUUCAAGUGUACACAAAAUUGUGUGAUAUGCUCCCGUUUGGUCUAUACACGGAUCGACGCCAGAAUGCUGCUGAAUUGGCGGCCCGGAGUCUUGAAGACAAGACCAGCAACGCAAGGAGAAAUGCCAUAAAACUACUAAGCAAGUUAAUCGAGACCCAUCAUUUCCGGGCCUUGAAGAAUGUAGACGAUGGUACCCUCUCACGGCACGGAGACCAACGAAAACCUGGAUUUGAGACCAGACUGAGAAGUAUAGAGGCGCAGAUAGAUGCGUUACGACCUCCUGUAGAGCUUCAGGAAAAAUCCUCGGACGUGGAUCCCACCCUAAACGCAAGCAUGCUGCAAGACGCGACCCAAAUGGAAGGCAUUGAACAACAACCCGAACCAAUGACGGCAGAGCAGUUAGCAGCGGCAGCGAAGAAAGCCGAGGAGGAGAAGGAGACCGCAGAAAAGCUGGAGAAUCUCCAAAAUUUUAGACGGUAUCAUCUCGACGCGAUAAAGUUUAUCGUGGUUGUCGAGGAGGCUUCCGCCACUGUCACUCAAUUACUCUCUUCUAAAAACAAGAGCGAAGUGAUCGAAGCCAUGGACUUUUUCCAGAUUCUAGAUGCCUACAAGAUCGAAACCGCGAGUGUGGGCAUCCGGCGUAUGCUUCGGCUCAUUUGGACCAAGGGUAGUAGUGACGAAGGCAAGGGCGUACAAGGACAUUUGAUCGAUGUCUAUAAGCAUCUCUUCUUCGAUGCUCCAGACAGUUACGAUCCCGAGCAUGCUGCACUCUUUGUUGCCAACAACAUGACAAGUCUCACGUUCGGAUCGACUCCUGCCGAUCUUACAUCCCUAGAACAACUCCUAAGCACCAUGAUGAAGGCAGGUUUGAUCUCUAGUGCUGUUGUUGACAAACUUUGGCAAAUAUAUAGCGUCUCAAAGAACAUCUCCAAGACCCAGCGUCGUGGUGCCAUCAUUAUCCUUGGCAUGCUCGCAGUGGCCGACCCUGAUAUCAUUGUCAAAGAAAUGGAGAGAUGCUUGAAGGUAGGCCUAGGGGCUUUGGGACGUCAAGAUCUCGGCCUGGCCAGGUACACAUGUGUUGCUCUUCGCAGAAUCAACAACCAGGCUCGCAAGUCCGACAAACCCACAGUUGGUUCAAACGCUCCCCAUUUCGCCAAGCUAUCGAACGACCAUGCAAUCUUGAUCUGCCUAGCAGCUAUGACAGAGAUCGUUUCCGACGAUAAAGAAUGGUUUGGCUUAGCAGAACAGGCGAUCGGUGCCAUCUAUGCUCUAUCCAAAUUUCCAGAUGUACUUUGUUCCAACAUCAUUCGGAGGAAAACGAGAUAUGUAUUUCAGUCCAAAGCUACUUCCAGACCUAUGUCCCGAGAUUCUGAUACCGCCAUGGAUGUCGACGAGCCAGAGACCGCCAUGCCUGUUCCACGCGAAGAAGAGAAAGAAGACAUAGCUGAAGAGAAACAGAAGCCUGCAAUGGCACUAUCUCAAUUAUUGUUCAUUGUUGGGCACGUCGCAAUCAAGCAGAUCGUCCACCUUGAGCAAUGCGAACUAGAUUUCAAAAAGCGCAAAGCAGAGAAAGAGAAGGCCGCCGAAGCUGCAAAAUCUGAGCGACAAUCCCUCGCAGCUGUAAAUCAAUCUCCUAAGAAGAGGAAACCUGGCGCAAAGAAUACUGCUACACCACCCCCAGUCGCUCAGGAAGAUAAGGAUGAGCUCGACCUGAUUGGAAGCACAACAGAGGAUGAUUUCACCGAUGCUAUUGCCCACAUCCGUGAGAGAGAGUUACUGUACGGCGAUAAAUCCCUUCUCGCAAGGUUUGGCCCCAUGGUCGCGGACAUAUGUGCGAAUAAUACUUCAUAUGCCGACGCUGAGCUCCAGGCCCAAGCCGCUCUGUGUCUUGCAAAGCUCAUGUGUGUGAGCAGCCAAUACUGCGAGCAGCACCUAGACCUUCUUCUUACGAUCUUAGAGCGUAGCAAGGACGCCACAGUGCGUAGUAACCUCGUUGUAGCGCUUGGUGACAUGGCUGUCUGUUUCAACCACCACAUCGACGAGAAUACCGACUUCCUGUACCGUCGCCUCAAUGAUCCUGAUGGCAGUGUGAAGCGUACUUGUCUUAUGACUCUAACGUUCUUAAUCCUGGCCGGUCAGGUCAAGGUCAAGGGUCAGCUAGGUGAAAUUGCGAAAUGUCUCGAGGACGAAGACCGCCGCAUCGCCGACAUGAGCCGUAUGUUUUUCACCGAAUUCGCGACGAAAGAUAAUGCUGUGUACAACAAUUUCGUCGAUGUGUUCAGUCUGCUCAGCUCCGAUAGCAGACUAGACGAAGAUGCUUUUAAGAAGAUCAUGAAAUUUAUCACAGGUUUCAUCGAGAAGGACAAACACGCCAAACAACUCGCUAAUAAGCUGGCUUCUCGUUUACCUCGCUGUGAGACAGAGCGACAAUGGAAUGACGUUACGUAUGCUUUAGGCUUGCUACCACACAAAGACGAGGAGAUUGGCAAGAUUGUGACAGAGGGCUUCAAGGUUGUCCAAAGCGCCGCGUAAUGAUAGCAUGGGUACUAUGACUGAUAUGAGCGUUGAUCGGAGCGUUUGAAGCGUUUGGAGUUGGAGGAUUUUUCAUCAGUGCGGUCUCAGAGGAUAUGCUCUCAUUGCCGGCAGCCAUGGUUUGUGUUUUAUGACAGCAUCAAGUGGUGUUUUGUGUUUUUGUUCGCUGUUUCGCUCACUUGUUUUGGUAUACGCGAGGGAGCUUCCUCCAACGCAUAUGCAUUCACUGUCAAUGUUCGAAUAGAGAUUCUGUCAAUUCAUCAUGGCCCUAUAAUGGUGGCUUAC